CUUCACUCUUACGCCCUCCCCGAGUCGACUUGUCACUCGCACACUGCCCACAGCCGUCUCGUAAUAUGAGCCAUAGGCCAUUGGACGGUAGAGAUCAGACCAAGCUCGUAUAGCACUUCUCCUCGCAAGGCUUCACUAAACUACUUCUUACUGCUCCGAAACACUCGGACAACCAUCAACCGUCGACGAACUCGCACUCAGCAAGGAACUAGACAGGCCUACGAUGUCUUCUUUCGCGGGCCUCAUUGACCAGGACAUAUACACCGUGCCCUCUUUCGCGCUCGAGUCGGGGUGCGUGCUGAAGGAGGUCCCCGUGGCGUACAAAACGUGGGGAAACCUGAACGAGACCAAGGAUAAUGUCAUGAUCAUCUGUCAUGCAUUCACUGGCAGCGCAGAUGUCGAGGACUGGUGGGGUCCUCUCAUGGGCCGUGGCAAGGCCUUCGACCCGAACCGAUUCUUCAUUUUCUGCGCAAACGUCAUGGGCUCGCCCUACGGCUCUGCAUCGCCUGUGACCACCAACCCUGACACAGGCAAGAAUUACGGCCCCGAGUUCCCCGCGACGACCAUCAGGGAUGACGUUAGACUGCACAAGCUCGUCCUCGAUCACCUCGGCGUCAACUCAAUCGCCGUUGCCAUAGGCGGAUCCAUGGGCGGCAUGGCCAUCCUCGAAUGGCCCCUCUGCACGCCGCCAGGCUACGUCCGGCACAUCAUUCCCAUCGCGACCUCCGCGCGGCACUCCGCGUGGUGCAUCAGCUGGGGCGAGGCGCAGCGGCAGAGCAUCUACAGCGACCCAAACUACGAGGACGGCUACUACACCGCGCAGCCCGCGUCGGGGCUCGCCGCCGCACGCAUGGCGGCGCUCCUCACCUUCCGCUCGCGCGACUCCUUCGAGCGCCGCUUCGGCCGCAAGCCCCAGAGGCUCCCGCCGCCCGCCGACGGCGUCCCCACCCCGCCGCUCUCGCCCGCGCCCAGCGAGACCGGCGACGCGCUCGCCGCGCACAACGACGGGCAGCGCAAGCGCGUCGGGCCCUCCACCCCGGGGACGCCCCAGGCCUCGCGCCCGCUCUCGCCCGCGCCCGUGCAGGCGAAGCCGAUCUUCAGCGCGCAGAGCUACCUGCGCUACCAGGGCGACAAGUUCAUCUCGCGCUUCGACGCGAACUGCUACAUCCACAUCACGCGCAAGAUGGACACGCACGAUGUCGCGCGCGGCCGGCUCCUCCCCGGCGAGGACGAGCGCGCCGCAUUCUCGCGCGUCCUCUCGACGCUCCCGCCCCGCGCGCUCGUCAUCGGCAUCCAGACCGACGGACUGUUCACCCCGAGCGAGCAGCGCGAGAUCGCGGAGCACAUACCCGACGCCGAGUGUAUCAUCAUCCCGUCGCCGGAGGGCCAUGAUGGCUUCCUCCUCGAGUUCGAGCUCAUCAACGAGCAUAUCACGCGCUUCUUGAAGCGGGAGUUCCCUGAGUAUUACAGGGUCGAGGUGGCGGAGGAGCCAGAAGAGGGGUUCGAUGUGAAAAAGACCAGCCUGUUCGGGGAAGCGGAGGCGGAUAUCACUAGGUGGUAGAGCACCCACCUAAGGAAUGGUACUGAGGUAAACACUGACGAUCACAACAACUGUCAUGUAUGUCGUGGUUGUCUAUGUCACGGCUAGAUGAUCACAAAAUCUCCUGUCCCACCGAGCACUC